GGGGGACGUGAGCGCUGAACGGCGUCCACGACUUCAUCGCCGAGAAGGUGAGGGAGAUGCCCCAGAGCACCCAGAAGACAGAGCCGGUCAGCAUCCUGCAGCCACAGACCACCGUCAACCCGGACCGCGUCAAACAGGCCAAGCUGAUCGUCCCCAACAGUACAGCGGGGCUGAUCAUCGGUAAAGGCGGAGCCACAGUGAAGGCGGUGAUGGAGCAGUCCGGGGCGUGGGUCCAGCUGUCCCAAAAGCCUGAGGGCAUCAACCUGCAGGAGCGCGUGGUCACCAUCAGCGGGGAGCCCGAGCAGAACCGAAAAGCGGUGGAGAUCAUUGUCCAGAAGAUCCAGGAGGACCCGCAGAGCUCCUCCUGCCUCAACAUCUCCUACUCCAACAUCACAGGGCCCGUGGCCAACUCCAACCCCACCGGUUCGCCCUACGCCAACUCCACCGAGGUCAUGCCCGCCGCGGCAGCCGCUGCGGCAGCCACGGCCUCGUCUCUGCUUGGCCAGGCGGGCCUGGCUGGGGUCGGAGCCUUCCCAACCACCAUGUCCAGUCUCUCAGGCAACGACCUGCUCGCCAUCACCUCCGCCCUCAACACCCUGGCCAGCUAUGGUUACAACACCAACUCUCUGGGGCUGGGGCUAAACCCUGCUGCAGCCUCAGGGGUGUUAGCCGCUGUAGCAGCUAACGCCAACCCAGCAGCAGCCGCCGCUGCUAAUUUGUUAGCGUCCUACGCCAGCGAUGCAUCCACCAGCGCAGCUCACCCCGCUGCCAGCCUCGGAGGCUUCUCCCUGGGAUCCCUAGCCGCCGCUACAGGAGCCACCAACGGCUACUUGAGUGCCGCAUCGCCACUCGUGGCCUCAUCUCUACUGGCCACAGAGAAGCUCGCAGAAGGCGCAAAGGAAGUGGUCGAGAUCGCUGUGCCCGAAAACCUAGUCGGCGCCAUUUUGGGGAAAGGAGGGAAGACGCUAGUGGAGUACCAGGAGCUGACCGGAGCCAGGAUUCAGAUCUCCAAGAAAGGCGAGUUCAUCCCCGGAACUCGGAACAGGAAGGUGACCAUCACGGGUUCCCAGGCCGCCACGCAGGCUGCACAGUACCUGAUCAGCCAGAGGAUCACCUACGAGCAGGGGGUACGCGCUACCAACCCACAGAAGGUGGGCUAAACCUGACAGCCAAUGAGAAACGAGGAGGAAAAGAGGAAAAAGAAAAAGAGUGGGGGCUUGGGGGAGGAGUAUAAAAAAAAAAGUGAGAGUGAGAAUGGAAAAAAAAGGAGAGGAGAGCAAGAAUGUCGGAAGGAAUCGUUCGCGCCAUUUUCUUCUGCGUGUUUUCAGUAUUCUAUUAAAAAAAAAUAAUUUUUGACGCAAAGCAAAAAUGUGCUGAGAAGACGAGGAGGGAGAGGAGCGAGUUAUUACGCUGAAAAACCAAGAAAAAAAUGUGUAAAAUGUAAAUAAGGUUUUAUUACUUAACGUCUUGACCUUUCUGGAUUUUUUAUUGUUUCGUUCUAUUGUUUUUUUCGUUUGUUUAGUAAAUUAAGAUGUCUGUUUGUUCGUGUAUUGUGUGGACAGAGCUGAAUGCCAUGUAGACAGGCCGACUGCCUGAGAGGCUACAGGAAGCGUGGGGAAGGAGGGAAGGGCAUGGGCACGGAGGGGGGGUGGGGGGGUUGGCGUUACAGGGUACAACCCUCCACCCUCUCCCCGCCCAAACCAGAACCCUCACCCCUCCCUCCCCCUGCAGCCCACACCCGUCACCCUCAAGUAGGGUUGUUUUUUUUUUUUCCUCUAGUUGAUUUGCCCCCAAUCCCCUCGCCCCACCACCCCCCAAAUGCCCCUCUCACUACUUGCCCCCUUGCCCCGCCCCCUCCCCUUUUACAAGGGUUUUAUAAUGAGCUAGACUGCAAACUUCAGCCCGGUGUGUGAGAGGAGAAACGUCCUUGACUUCCCCCCCCCCACCGCCACCACCACCACCACGACCACCACAACACUCUCUAUUCCCUCUCCGUAUGCUCUCACCUCCCUCCUCUCUCUCCCCCCUCUUCGCGGGAGACGGAGGAAGGGUGAGGGGAGAUUGGGGGAGAGGUGUGGCGGGGGGGACAGAAAAAAAAAAAAAAAAGUCAGUCGGGUGUUUCUUCGUUUUCACACACAGGAACACACACACACACACAGACACAAACGCACACACCCAUAUAUACCCUGUGAUGUAUCCCACAAGCAGUGCAGCGCCGCAGGGGUGUUACGACACGUAGCACCCCCACAUUGCGGCUCUAGUGUUGGAGAUAGGGUGCCGAGGCGCACGCUGAUGACCUCACGUAGUGCGAAAACCUAGAAAACGACGAGAGUGAUACUGUGCAAGCUGCGGCAAACACACAGGAUCUAUUUUUGCAGUCUGCUGUGGUAAAUCUAUUAAUGGUAAAUGCCAUAACUAUUACAAUAGGAAUCAUCACCAUCGUCGUUAUUUAUUAAUGAGUUCACCCAUAUAAAGCUCAGUUGUUUUUUUUUGUUUUUUUUUUAAAGAAUCUGUGAAUUCAGGUUGACAUGAAUGUAAAUGAGACUAUUUUUUGAUUUGAGUCUUUUGUUUUAAUUUAAGUGGAUUGAAGAUGAAUAGUAAUGUCACAUAGUGUAAUAUAUGUCUUAUUUAAGUCCGGUAAGGAAGCCGCCCCAGGCAUUAAGAUCAUCACAGUGAAGGAUCACCUUAUAUAUCCAGUCAAAUAGCAGAACAGGGAACACACACGCACAUACACAGACAUUAAGAUGCCAUAUUUGGUGCUAGAAAAGGGAAUCGACCAUAUCUAUGAUGCAGACUGCAGUAAGACUUCGGAAAUAACAUGUAAACCACUCACACCACAGGCUGCAGUGCAGCUUUAUUAACCUUAAAUACCUGGUCUAAUGCUUGGCUAGCCUAGCCCGUACUAUACACUAUCACUGCUGUUUAUACCUGUAGUCAAAUUCCCUGUUACAGUUUGUCUACAAUGUAAAAUUGUAACAGAAAUGAAUAAUUUAGUUGAACUGAGAUUAGUUUUCAGUUGAGCUGCUGCUGCUCAGCCUGUGGCUCCUCUAAACCCUUUAGAUUGACUCAAACCACAGACUCGAUCAAAAGCGAGAGCACUUAAGACUGACGGCAUACUACUGAGAAAAAUGCAAACAUUGAGAAAGAGGAAACACUGAAACAUGACAAGGGAACGUCGUUUGUCUGGGGUCCACUGCUGAAACUGCAAGCCUCGCUCGUAGAUGUGCUAUUUAAAGGCAGCGUGCAUAUCGGUAAAGGAGAUAAAUAGCUUCACUGAUCUUUGCCCUUAUCAAGCAACCGUCCAGCUGCCGUUGAUGUAAAGGGCAGAUGAGAGAUCUUGGACAUACGUCCUGGGAGCUGAGCUCAUUUCUGCCUCUGGCAAACUGCAGGUCUCCCUUGGCAACAGGUUUACUGCCCACUGUAGACCCACGAGGCUGCUGAAGAUGCUGUUGUUUCUUUUGUUGUUGAUUUCUUUUUGUUUUUGUCGUGUUUCUUUUUUUUUUUUUUCUUUGGUUCUUUGUUGUUUUUUUUGUUUUUUUUUUUAACAAUCGGAGUACACUGAAUUUUUUUUGUCUUAAUGCACUGUGAAGCGAGGGACCUUCGAGGUCAGGGAUGUGUGCUGUAGAUGGCAUCGUGACUGGAUGGUUUUUGUAUAGCAGGGAAAAAAACACACACACACACACAUAUAUAUAUGAAAUAUAUGUAGAAUGCAUAUGAAGAACUUGAGCAGAAAUGCACGUCAUAUCUGAUUAUUGAAGGAGGAGAAAGAGACUAGGUCGAUGAAGAGGAUCAAUCAAUUGUGGUCACAAGUUGAGAUCAAUUAGACUCUACUCACCUUUUAACUUUAAAGUGUUUUUUGUAACCAGAGGGCGGGAUGCUGGGGGAGUGUUAGGUGUCCAGUAGCAGAUUAAAGAGACUGGAACAAAUUCUAAAUUCAGUUUUCUAUCGCAGCUGUGUCUUCUUCAUGAACAGUUCGAAUCCGGCGGGCAAAUCCCUGGACAGAUGUUUAAUUCUAACCCAAACUGAACGGAAUGUAAAACGCCAAAUAAUGAGGAGGGGGUGCAUUCGAUUUAUUGACCUACUACUACGCAGCCUGGUGAUGGGAGGGAACACCUCUAAGAUAAUAUCUCUCGAUUCUUUUCGAAAAAAAAACAAUCCGACCCAAAAAUCCUCCACUGUGCUGUCGAAUGUGUCGGAGCGCCAGUGAGGGUUUAUCUCCACAGCUUGGUAAGGAGGCUUCUUUACUCCCAUCUAACACCAUCCACACUCUCCUCACCUUCCCACCCGUCCUCAGUUUUCCAGCGCACUCCCAUCCUGACACCCCCCUCUUCCUCCUACAUCGCUCCAUGGGUGACUAUGUCUGGUGUUACGAUCAAUGCAUGUCUGCUGCUUGCCCCCUCCCCCCCGACAAAACGUCACGGGUGGAGUCUCUCGACCUGACACAACCGCCGUCAGAACGCGACCUGCAGAGGUGCAGCGACAGCUGGCAGGGCUCGGGUGCACACGAAAAGCUGUAGUUCAGAUCCGUGCAUCUUAUUUUGAAGGGUUGUCGAUUUGGAAAGACCUUGACGCACAUAACAUAAAAACACACAUACAUAUUGUGAGGGAAGGAUUUUGUCGAAGAUUUGGCUGGAUUUAAUGGAGAAACAAUAACUCAUGAUAAUAAGACAGGGAGACGGUUUGCUUUUGUUCCGCCGUAGAAGAGUUCUGUGCUGCAUUUACAUUUUAUUUAGUGCACGUUCUGUCUCUUUGGGUGCAGGUGGACUCAUUUAAGAAUUAGAAAACUUUCGUGCAACUAAAUGUGCGUAUCGUUUAACGUACGUGUGCAUGCAGCACGGUUCCCUUCCCACCGCGGUCAAAGUGACUCUCAUACUCCUGGUACAGGUGCCAUCUGAUCUAAUUAACACGGGACGGUUUAUUUCCUUUUCAUCUCAUUAACUAAACCUUAGAAAGUCUUGUCUUGUUUUUUCUUUUUCUUUCCUUCUUUUUUUUUUUUUUUUUGCACAGCAGUUUUCUUAACGUUAGGGCAUCGAGAUAAAAAAAAAAUGUGACAAGUACUGGAAGCAAUACAUGUAGUGGCAUGUCGUGUCGUCCAUGUCUCUUAUCCUCUCGUCUGCCGUAGGAGCUUUUGGAUUUAGACGUUGAGUACACGAGUAACUUUUUUUUUUUUUUUUUUUUAACUUGUGGGAAAAUGCUGCUAUUUAAUAAUAAUAACUGAUGUACUAAAAAUACAAGGUUUAAAACAUAUCGAAGUCUGUCCUUUUAGCUGGAGAGGCUAGUUUCAAGUGGCAGUGUAACACAUGCUCUACAUGUUAUAAGCUGACGAUAAGUUAAUAAUAAUAAUGAUAAUAAUAAUAGUGUAAUUCUAACCUGAACAAGUGAAACCUGUGCCAAAAUAAGUCUUCAGAGUUAAACUGUAAAUGUGUUGUUUAAACCACAUUAGGUAAGAGGAGACAUACUUUUAUAUUAAGAAAAAUGUGAAAAGUGCCAAAUGAACCAUAUUUAUAAUUAAAUAGGAAGGGAGGCGAUCCCGCCAACAGUUUUUAAGAACUAAGUAGACAAAUGGACAAAGCGCAUCAGUAUAGCAGUUUGUUUGAGGCCUCUCUGUUCCUGCCACAUGAGGAGGGGCCGCCAUGUUAGCCAAGUGUUAGCCAGUCCUCUGGGAGCCUCGGCAUCCCAGAAUGCAACAGCACUACGGGGCUAGACGAAUCAACAUAGCGAUAGGUUAGCAUCGUGAUGCUAAAAAAAAAAGAAAAAAAAGAAAAAUGUGACUAGAUAGCAUUCUUAAAUACAGCCUUUUAUAGUUACGAUGAAAAUGUAUUUUGUGGAAAUAGAUGUUAUCUUUUUUGCACGUCUAUAUUGCAUGAUAUCAAAGUAAAGCGUGGACAAAAAAAAGAGAAAAAAAGUCAAAGAAACAAAAACGAACCGACAAAAAAAAAAAACUAAAAAACAAAAAAAAAACUAGGCCGUGUGUGUUGUUCAUUUUUCCAGAGACAGAUCUUUGCAUGCCGAUUUAAGGGUAGAGCAUUUUGAUAUCGUUUCACACGCGUUCAGAUGUUUUUCCGAUGCGUUGAGUCCUGGUUCCGGCUGAACAAACUGUUUCAUUUUUGAUUUGACGUUAACAGCAGAAUGAGUAUUUUUAAGUUGUCUACCCUCCCCUCGCAGGGAUUCGAACAAAACACUCGAACAAACCUAAGACUAUUUUGCUACUUGUUGAGCGAGCUUGGACAUAAAAGAAAAACAAAAAAAAAAAAACUCUCAGCAUCUUCUUUAGACGGGAUUCAGAGAAAAUCAGGAGUUCAUUUCAAAAAGAGGUCGUCCAUGAAUGUACUCACCUCUCCAUGAGUUUGCAUAUCACUCUUCUGACCACUGGCGUGCAGUAGAGGCUUACAUGUGUUGUUUUUUUGUUUUUGUUUUUUCUCCGUGUGUUUUUUGUACUCUAACAUUACUAACCCUCGACGCGGUGUGUCGAGCUCUCAGUAUAACUAUGUUGUCCGUCUUUUUACCCUAUAACCCUCCUCCUGCCCCCACGCUCUGAGCUCUGGCUUGUCUUGUCGUUGAUAUGCACCUUAUUGACCUCAUAAAUAUGACGUGGAGCAUCUCUGGCCGCGCCCAGCGUGUGUGUGUUUCUUUAAGAGAGACGCCGUGCACGUUAUGCAUCCUCUCCUACCGGGUGCGUGGCUGCAGACUUUGGGACAGUUUUAGCGUCUCUGUCCCAGUUCAGCUCAACUAGAUGCUCGUAUUGGCUCUAGUGUCUCUUCCUCAGUAUUUUCAGUGCGGCCAUGUUUCGUAUCCUGACAGAUGGCCUCGAUACCUUCAAAAACAACCCAAAAAAAAAUAAUAAAAAAAAAAAAUAAAGAAGAAUUUGAAUUGCUCCUGGUGACAUGUUUGCACUAAACUUUCUGCUGUUACUGUGCAUGGCAGGCCGAGCCGAGUUGGGGGGUCGGUGUGCGAGACUACUGUAGAUGUGUAGCCUUACUGUAGGUGUUUAUCCAGCGUUGUAUUUAGCUGUGCAUGCUCCUCUCUGUCCCUCUCUCUGAGUUUCGUCUGCUUUAGGCUCCGGCUCCGUGCUCGUGGUGUCACACGUUUGUGUUGCGGCGUAGCCAGCCAGCCAGCCAGCCAGCCAGCCGGCCGUGUUUCCUCUCCUUUCCAUGUUUUGGUUAUUUUUUAACUGUGAUGUUGUAGAGGAAUGCAGAGUUUUAAUUCUAACCCGGUGACCUCGCCCGGCCAGGUGACCUCAUCGCCGCUUCUCAGUGGGUGUGUGGCGACACAGUCGACAUAGUCCUCAGAUCUCCAAACCACACCCCUCUCCACCACCCCACACCACCUCCUUUUUACCCCCCCACCGCCACCGCUCCACCUACCUCCACAAACCCACUCUCACCCACACCCACCACUGACCCCUGCCACCUCUUCGAACAACCUAUUAUGGGACCCCGCUCUUCCCGUUUUCCACCCACCCCCCCUCCACCUCCCACCAAACUCGGGCCCCAUAGAAGCACCAGCAACCGUAGACUGCAUUUGUCAUAUCACUGUUUUUCUGUUCCUUCUUCUUCUUCUUCUUCUCGUUCUCUGUUUAUUAUUUUUUUUUUAUUAUUUCCUGGUUUUGAUUUGUACUGUAUGCUCUAACCCAAACCAGUUUUAACAAAAUGCCAUUUUCUGUGUGUAGCCUGUUUACCCCCCCACCCCCCAACACACACACACACGUGCACACACACACACUCCUCCAUGCCCUCUUUUUUGCACUUUCACUGCCCACUCCUCCUCCUCGCCCAAACAUACACACACUUUCCUCCUCCUCCGCCUCCCACGAGUCUCUUCUCUCGAGUGCCAAAAUAGAACAGAGAGGAAAAAAACACUAAAAAAACAACAACAACAACAACUACCAUUCCAAGCGUUUCUUUGAGUUGUUCUUGUGUGUCGGACAUCCAUCCUGGAAGCACCCAUGAAGCCAGCAUGCUCCGCCCUCAUAACAUGAUGUCGCUCAUGACGCCUCAACUGAACAGCACCUUGCCCCCCACCACCACCACUUCCUCCUCCUCCUCCUCCUCCUCCUCCUCCUCACCACCCCCCACAGAGCUAAACCCGACAAGGAUUAACCCUUCUGCAGGUUGGCUACCUACCUACCUACCUACCUACCUACUGUCCUGCCUCUACCUUUAAAAAAAAAAAAAAAAAAAAAAAAAAGCCCUACCGCUCAUGCCAGCUGCUUUCCUAAUUCUGUCAUUUCUUCAGCCUGUGGGACCUCAUUGAUCGUGUGCCAUAGUGUUGGGGGCACCUUUCACUCUCCUCACCUCCUCCCCCCUCUUUCUGUACCCCACCUCUUCUCUCUACCCCUCUCUGUAACCCGCUCUCGCUCCAUUUGAUUUUUCUCGAUGGGAAAGAUUCAAAAAACUCCAUUUUCUAAUGAUGAUUUUUUAUUUUUUUUUGUCGUUGUUUAACAUCCAAACCACGCACGCCGACACAUGCACCGCCCCCCCACCCUCCCUCCUCCUCCUCCUCCGCCUCCGCCUCCGCCUCCUCCGUGCAGCGGCGUGGGGGAGUGUUUACGCACCGUCAGCUGCGCAGCCAUCCUCUGUCUUCUUGAACUUUUUUGAACUUUCACCCCCCCCCUCAUGAACUUUAUUGACCUUCUUCUUCUUCUUCCUCCUCCUCCUUCUCCUCCUCUUCCUCCUCCUCCUCCUCCUACCUUCCCCCCUUCUGUGUUCAUCCAACUGUUCGGACGAUAACUCUCCAUUCCAUCCCCAAAACCUCUCUGAGACUGUGCAAUGCUAGCUGAUAUGAUUGGAUCUUUCUUUUUUCUUUUUUUUUUUUUUUUUGUUUGUUUGUUUGUUUGUUGCUCAUCAUCGGGGACAGUUCUCUGAGACAUAAAAAAAAAAAACGUAUGAAAGGAAGAAAAAAAUCCAAAAAAAAUGCAGACAAACAAAAAAAAGGAUAAAACACUAAACAACUGUUUCUCCACAAUUUCAUUUUUUUUCCUCUCUCAUUGUAAAUAUUUUUGUCAGAUUCUUUUUUUUUUUUUUUUUUGCCGAGCUGUAAAGAGAGAAGUGUUGAGCAGAACGGGGCCGGCAGCAUAAAGAGAAACUAGUGGACGCGGCAGACGAUCACGACACUCUCCAUCCUCUGUAUCCGAUAGUUAGGUCUGCCUGUAUAAUCGGCUAUGCUAGUUCUACUGUGUUAACCUGUGCUGUUGUUCUUAGUGUUGAUUUACCUACUGUAUUCGCUGUUUAGCUUCCAUGUUGGCUUGCAAACUCUUUAGAUAACUGUGCUCAUCCAGUAAUAAUACUAACCUUGAGAAGUAGAUCCGAGCCGCUCUCGAACGGAAGAGGCUCGUUUUUUCGUGCAUUUGUUGAUGUUUUCCUAACAGUGAGUUGUAGUGGCGCUAGUAUCUUUUAUCAUCGAGCCAUAGUUGUUGAAAAAUGCUUGGUCGUGUUAGAGACAUAUCAUCGUGGUAAACGGCUCGACUCAGCUCCUCCAGGUUGGAGGAAGAACCCAGGGAGAAAAUGCAUUUAAAAAAAAAGAAAAAGGAAAAAAUGAAAAACUCCUCCCGGGGAAACUAAAUGAGGACCUGAGCUGCUAACCUUUGUGCAAUACAGUCCUAGUUUACAUGACAUAGAAAGAUAGUUUAGAGACGAUUGAACCUCUGCGGGAGCCGCCCCGACCAUCCUGCCGCCUGCAGAACCAAACUUUGUAUCAUAUCUCCACAUUUCGCCUCUACAUCAGAGACAUUUUGAAAGUAUUAAAGUGACUGCGUGAGAUUAGACUCCACCAUUUCAUUGCAUUGCUCUGAGCUCCACUCUUGAUUUAUGCUGCCUGCCCCAUCGCCCUGAGAACACCACAUGAGCUAUUUAUUUCUCAGACUAUUAUUAUUAUUAUACUAUUAAUAAAUAACAGCGCAACAAGAAAAAGGGAACGACUGGAAAAAGGUGAAUUAAUAUUAUUAUUGUUUUGUUUUUAUUUUUUAGUAUUUUAGUGGUUGCUUUUAACAACAUUCAUUAACUGACUUAAAGAUUAUUGAAUAUUUAAUGUAAUUGUAGCAUUGUGUUUGUAAAGAGAAAAAAACCUAGUGAGUUGUGUUUCUUGACUUGUGGAUUACCAGUGAAGUGGGCAAUCUAGUGCUAAUAUAUAUGAGGUCUUUUUUUAAGGAUUCUUAUUUUGCGACAGCAACAGCAGUCAUUAUAAAUGUUCAUUUUAGCAUCACCUGUCUUCCGUUGUCUUAUUCUUCACCUUCCACCACACUCUGCAUCAUCACAGUAACACAUCGCAAGUCUGGGGGUGGGACGGAGAGAGUGUUGUGUGUGUCUGUGAGGCGUGGGAGUGAAUGUGUGUGCGUGUGUGUGUGUGUCUGUCGUGGAACGUUUGGAAGGGUGCGAGUUAACAAAGUGUUUAUUUGUGUGUCUAUGCAAAAAUGUGGGUGGAUGUGCGUCCUUGUGUGUGUGUGUGUGUGUGUGUGUGUGUCUGCUGGGUCCGUGAGGGCCGGGUUCAGGGUGGGUGUUCUGUCCAGUGUCCACCAAAAGCUAAAACCUGUCAGGCUUCCAUACUUCCUGAUGGAACCUCCUGACGUUAUAGCUGCAAACCCUCAUCAUGUGAUCUGACUCAACUCGAUUGUCCAUAACCCCUUCAGUCACCUGACCAACCAAAUCAACCAAUCACUGUCCACCACUACCGCCUCCCCCCUGCGCCAUCCUCUGCUGCACACCACGUCAGCCCCAUGUGAUGUUCUCCAUCGAUAACAUACUACUGUCACAAUCUACUGUUACAUGCCGACAGAUCUGGGGAUAAAUACUCAAACAGAAUGGACGUUGGCUUGGCUUUGCUUUACUAAUUUCUGGUGUUUUCACCUUUUGUUUUCUUAAAGCGCUCCUUAAGUCGAGACACGUGCGCCUCAAGUUGAUGUUUAAAGGGUCAGUUCAUCUGGAAAAAAAAGCAAAGUGUUUGCUUGUAUUGAGAUUAUCUGUCUCUAGGGUUUCUGCUCCAAACCCGUGAAGGUGAAUGGAAUUACGUUUGUGGUGGUGCUCACAGCAUUAAAAAAAAAAUUUACAUUUAAUAAAAUAAAUACAUCAAUAUUGAGGUUUCUUUAAGGGAAACUGUGUCCCCGUUGCUCUGGGUAAACCACAGACUUCACUAAAAACUGUUUUAUUGGGACUAUUUUUUCUGUCGAAAGUCGUUGUAGUUGUUGUGCAACAAAUUAAAAUUGCAUUUCCCGAGGGGCUGGUGACAGAAACAGAGACAGAGGCUCGAUACCACGAGAGUUAAAUUAGAAAAAAAAAACAAAAAAAGAAUGUAAUUUGAGCCAACUGACACUUUAAUCUGCAACACGCGCACUUUCUUUUUUCCUUCAGCCUCAUUCGAAAGCAUUUUUCAAAUUCAGGUUUUUCCCCAGAGCUGCAUAUUACAUUCUACUGUUCAUACUACUGUACGUGCUGCAUACUACCUUACCAGGUCAGAAUCCACCUUAACCUGUCUCCAUGCCAACCACAGAGGAGCCAGUUGCAUGGCAACCGGCUUCCGCCACAACAAAACCAACCUACCAACCAGCCAUCCUCCUCGACUGACGAGGCCACGCCCACCUGACUAUGAUCGCUCCAUAGAAGAAGAGAUAGAGGAUGAGAGAGAGGAUAGGAAGAAGGGAUGACAGAUGAAAGACGUAGUUGUGAUUCUCAGGGUGUCUUAUAUAGAUCUACUGUUUAGUCUGUUCUCCGGUCUCUCACUGGUGUCCUGUUGCCCCUAAAUGAGCCCAAAGAUGAUCAUGUCCUCCUAUGAUUAAUUCUUUGUAUUCCUUGAUUGAUUGACUACUGACCAAUCCCUCUCGAUCAGUUGAUUGAUAGUAUUGAUUGACCAAUUCUCUUGAGAGAAGCUACACAAGCCAGCUGAAUGAAGCUCGGCACUGUAACUAAUGUUUACAACCCAAAUGAGACCAACAACGCUGUUGAAAGAAUGUCUAGGACUUAACAAAAAAAAAAAAAAGAAGAAGAAAAAAGAAAAA